AUGUGGAAAAGAAUGCUGAUGUGCAUUUUCUUAUGCAGUCUAUUGUCAGGAGGUCUUGGGAUAACAUGCUUGGAUGCCUUGGGAAAUUCUGUUGACUGGUAUGCAAUAUAUAAAUUACCUGCUCUUAAGAGUUCAAGCAAUUGGAUGAUCAGAGCCGGGCUUGCUCCCUUAUACCUGGAUGUUCGCUCACCUAAGUGGGCACUCUUGAAUCAUGCAAUGAAUGAGUCACAAGAAGCUGUGUAUCAAACCCUGUCUGCAAUCUACAGUGGAAAGAAUGAUGACAUGAUGUAUAUUAUGUACAACGAUGAACCGCCACCAGCAUCACAGACUACUGUUCAAGAUGAGGGAGGACACACUAAAGGUGUUGUGGCAUUUGAUAAAAACUCAGGGUUCUGGCUGAUCCACAGUGCACCACAUUUCCCUCCAGGCAAAGAUCACGGUUAUACCUAUCCUACAACUGCUUGUCAUUAUGGGCAGUCCUUCCUGUGUGUGACCUUCCCGUACAACCAGCUGGGAAAUGUUGCAAAACAGUUGUGGUAUAACGAACCACAUAUUUACAACCACACUGUGCCUGCCUCAUUUAGUCAAGACUACCCUGUCCUAAACGACGUCAUCCAUGGAAAAACUCCUCCUGGCCCACCUUACAGCAGUGUUUUACAAAUGACAUCUCUUGGUGGACAGCAGUUCACUAGUUUUGCCAAAUCUGGCAAAUUUGAAGCAGAUUUGUAUGAUGCUCUAGUGGCCCCAACACUGCAGCAGGAUCUGCUUGUUGAGACUUGGUUGAAUGGGGAAGGAGGAAAAUUAGAUUCCAACUGUUCAGCAAAUUACAAGGUGAUGAAAAUUACCUCUAUCUCCAUGCAAGCUUUUGCUGUGAAAUUCAAUGAGACCAAGGACCACUCCAAAUGGGCAAUAAGCACUGCUGCUGGAAUCAGAGGAGAAAAG